ACUGAGCCGCGCCAGCUGAGUUUGCUGGAGCCCAGCCCCUCAGUCCUGCCUUCUCGCAGGCUCGCUCUUUCCCAAGGUGUUUGUGGCUCCCGCUUCCAUGUCCCCGGUGGGCACAGCACCCCGGAAUCUCCACGCCCAUGGCCGCUAGCCUGAGGAGGCCGUCUUUCACGUCCUGUUCUUCCCCCUCCACAGACACGGACGACGAGGGUGUGCGCGGCACUUGCGAAGAUGCUUCUAUAUGCAAGAGGUUUGCAGUCAGCCUUGGCUACUGGCAUGACCCCUACAUCCAGCAUUUUGUCAGACUGUCUAAGGAGAGGAAGGCCCCCGAGAUUAACAGAGGGUAUUUUGCUCGAGUCCAUGGCGUCAGUCAGCUUAUAAAGGCAUUUCUACGGAAGACAGAAUGUCAUUGUCAAAUCCUCAAUCUCGGGGCUGGGAUGGAUACCACCUUCUGGAGAUUAAAGGAUGAAGAUUUUCUCCCAAGUAAAUACUUUGAGGUGGACUUUCCCACGAUAGUCACGAGAAAGCUGCACUGCAUCAAAUACAAGUCUUUCUUAUCACAGCCCAUCAUAGAGUUACAUUCAGAGGACACACUUCAAAUCGAGGGACACCUGUUGAAUUCAAAGAGAUAUGCCAUUAUUGGAGCAGACCUCCGAGAUUUACCUGAACUCGAAGAGAAGCUAAAGAAAUGUAACAUGAAUCCACAAUUGCCAACACUCCUGAUAACGGAAUGUGUGCUGGUUUACAUGACUCCGGAGCAGUCGGCCAACCUGCUCAAGUGGGCAGCUCACAGUUUCAAGACCGCUAUGUUCAUAAACUACGAACAGGUGAACAUGGAUGACCGGUUUGGACAGAUCAUGGUCGAAAACCUGCGGAGGCGGCAGUGUGACUUGGCGGGAGUGGAGACCUGCAAGUCGUUGGAGUCGCAGAAAGAACGGCUCCUGUCGAGCGGGUGGGAAACCGCGUCCGCCGCCAGCAUGAUGGACGUGUACAACACUCUGCCUCGAGCCGAAGUGAGCAGAAUAGAGUCACUUGAAUUCCUGGAUGAAAUGGAGCUUCUCGAACAGCUCAUGCAGCAUUAUUGCCUUUGUUGGGCAACCAGAGGAGGAGGUGAACUAGGUCUGAAGGAAAUCACUUACUUAUCUGUUGGAGGCCCAGGCUGAGCUGGGAGUGGACGCCCCUGACCUCCCCGGCGUGGAUGGGCCGCGUUUCCUGGACGGUGGCUGGCCCUGGGCUCGCCCCACACCCCCUUAAACCUCGCUUCCCGGGGCUGUCACGCCACCUGCUGUGCCCGUGACUUACCGUUUAAAUAAAUCUCAUUUGCCAGUU